AUGACGCUGUGGAAUGGCUCCUACCCCUUCUACCCCGGUGCCAAUGCCCGUUUCCCCUUUGACACCGCCCGGGCUGUCAUCAUCACCAUCUUCCUCUCCAUGUUGGCCACUUUCAUCAUCAUCCUACCAGGAAUCAGAGGCAGGGGGCGACUCUUCUGGUUCCUGCGGCUGGUGACGGGACUCUUCGUGGGAGCAGUGGUCCUCACCAUACAGUUCACCAGGGACUGGGAGACUGGCUGGGUGCAGGCAAACACCUCCUACAAGUCCUUCAGCCGUGCCGUGGUGAAUGUGGACAUUGGGCUGCACAUCGGCCUGGAGGGGGUGAAUAUCACACUCAAGGGAAACCCAGUGAAGCAGAUCAAUGAGACCAUCAACUACAACGAGUACUUUCCCUGGAGCUUCAGUUCAAACUAUGACCGCAGCUACAGCGAGGGGCUGGAGAAGGGGCUGCCCAGCCCCAUCCUCUACGUGGCAGAGAAGUUCUCCUCGCAGAGCCCCUGCGCCGUGCACAGGCAGUACCGCAUCUCCGGCCACUACGCCUCGGCCACGCUCUGGUUGGCUUUCUGCACGUGGCUCAUUUCCAUCUUGCUAUUCUCCAUGUCCAUCCUGCUCCACGGUGGUUACAUGCUUUUGCUCACUGCUGCACUGAUCCUCUUCUCACUGCUCUUCUUCUUCACUGCGAGGAACACCCCCAAGUGCCCCAUCCAGUUUGGCCCAGUUUCCUUGAAAACAGACUAUGGCGAAUCCUUCUGGCUGACAUUAGUGACAGGGCUGCUGUGCCUGCUGCUGGGUUUGGGCGUCAUCAUCCUGAACUCCAUGGAGCCGGAGAAGCUGAAGCUCAUCUUUAACCUGGACAAGAAAAAGGGAGCAGAGGAGGUGUGGGACAAGCCCUGCCUGCUGGCCGAGCCCAGCUGCUCCGUGCAGGACGUGUGGAUGGUCCCACUGGCCGAGCUCUCCGAGGUGACAGCCACCCAGCUGUGA